AGCGAGGUGUCCGCCCUGUUCCCCUUCGCGCUCUCCGCCGCUCCUCCCCUCCUGCCCCGCUAUGGAGAAGUCGGUUCCUGCGCCGCGGCGCCAGCGGCCUCGUUUGGGUGCGGCCUGAGUCUUGGAAAACGGAUGUAAAACGAAGAUCAGAAACAGAUUUAAAGACAUGCAAAGUGAAUUGGUACCAACCAGCAUGUCGGAGACAGAGCAUAUAACCUCCAUUUCCUCUGAGAAAAAUAUUGGGGAAACAUCUGAGUUAAAGGAAGGUUCAUGCAUCUCAUUUUCUGGUGAUGGAAGCUGUAAAUUAGAAGAUGAGUCCAAAGUAUUAGCAUUAAACUGUGAUAACACGUUAUGUCAGUCUAAUGAACGCAAUAGUCAACUUGAAGCACGGGACAAUGCUAUUCUGGAUCCUGAUGGAGGUGAGGCUUCUUGUACUAACAGAGACAUUUGCCCUGAAAAUUCUGAACAAAUGGCUGAUUUUCCUAGUGGAGACUUUGCAAAGCUAGUUUCAAAAACAAGUGAAACAGAGCAGGCUGUCACACAAAUAUUGGCAGAAUUACAAUCAUCUACGUUUACAGAAGCUGCUAAAGAAAAGACUUACUCAGAAAGUCCUUACGAUACAGACUGCACCAAGAAACUUAUUUCACAAAUAAAGACUGUUUCAGCUUCAGAAGAUUUGCUGGAAGAAAUAGAGUCUGAACUCUUAUCUACGGAGUUUGCGCAGGAACACCGAGUGCCAAAUGGGAUGAAUAAAGGAGAACAUGCGUUAGUGCUGUUUGACAAGUGUGUACAAGAUAAAUAUUUGCAGCAGGAGUAUACCAUUAAAAAGUUAAUUAAAGAAAAUAAGAAGCACCAGGAGCUCAUCGUAGACAUUUGCUCAGAAAAAGACAAUCUCAGGGAAGAAUUAAAAAAAAGAACAGAGACAGAGAAGCAGCAUAUGAGCACAAUUAAGCAGUUGGAAUCAAGAAUAGAGGAACUUACUAAAGAAGUCAAAGCUUCCAGAGAUAAACUGAUAGCUCAAGAUGUCGCAGCUAAAAAUGCAAUUCAGCAGUUACACAAAGAGAUGGCCCAGCGGAUGGAACAGGCUAACAAGAAAUGUGAAGAGACACGGCAAGAGAAAGAAGCAAUGGUGAUGAAAUACGUAAGAGGUGAGAAGGAAGCUUUAGACCUCCGAAAAGAGAAAGAGGUGCUUGAGAGAAAACUUAGAGAUGCAAAUAAGGAAAAUGAGAAGAACACUAACAAAAUUAAACAGCUCUCUCAGGAGAAAGGCCGGUUGCACCAGCUGUAUGAAACGAAGGAAGGGGAAAUGACUAGACUCAUCAGAGAAAUAGACAAAUUGAAGGAAGACAUCAACUCUCACAUCAUCAAAGUGAAGUGGGCACAGAACAAACUCAAGGCUGAGAUGGAUUCUCACAAGGAAACUAAAGAUAAACUCAAAGAAACAACAACAAAGUUAACACAGGCAAAGGAGGAAGCAGAUCAAAUACGGCAAAACUGUCAAGACAUGAUAAAAACAUAUCAGGAAUCAGAAGAAAUUAAAUCAAAUGAGCUUGAUGCAAAGCUUAGAGUCACAAAAGGAGAACUUGAAAAGCAAAUGCAAGAAAAAUCUGACCAGCUAGAGAUGCAUCAUGCCAAAAUAAAGGAGUUGGAAGAUCUGAAGAGGACGUUUAAGGAGGGUAUGGAUGAGCUGCGAACACUAAGAACCAAGGUAAAAUGUCUAGAAGAUGAACGAUUAAGAACAGAAGAUGAAUUAUCAAAGUACAAGGAAAUCAUUAAUCGACAAAAAGCUGAAAUUCAGAAUUUAUUGGACAAAGUGAAGAUUGCAGAUCAGACACAGGAACAACUUCAAAGAGGUAAACAAGAAAUUGAAAACUUGAAGGAAGAAGUUGAAAGUCUGAAUUCUUUGGCUAAUGACCUACAAAAAGACAUCGAAGGCAGUAGGAAAAGAGAGUCUGAGCUCCUGAUGUUCACAGAAAAGCUCACCAGUAAGAAUGCACAGUUGCAGUCGGAGUCCAGUGCCUUGCAGUCACAGUUUGAUAAACUUUCCUGUAGUGAAAGUCAGUUACAGAGCCAGUGUGAACAAAUGAAACUGACAAAUAGUACUCUGGAGUGUCGAUUGCUAAAGGAGGAAGAGCUGCGUAAGGAGGAAGUGCAGGCCCUGCAGACCGAGCUCACUUGCAGGCAGGCAGAAGUUACAGCACUGAGUACCCGGGUGGAGGAGCUAAAAGAUGACCUAGUCACUCAGAGGCGGAAGCAUGCCUCUAGCGUCAAGGAUCUAACCAAGCAGCUUCAGCAAGCACGAAGAAAAUUAGAGCAGAUUGAGAGUGGAAACUACGAUAAAGAAGUCAGCAGCAUGGGAAGCCGUUCCAGUUCAUCAGGGUCCCUUAAUGCUCGAAGCAGUGCGGAGGACCGAUCUCCAGAGAACACUGGGUCAGCAGGUGCUGUAGAUAACUUCCCAGAAGUAGACAAAGCCAUGUUGAUUGAGAGGAUAGUUAGGCUGCAAAAAGCACAUGCACGGAAAAAUGAGAAGAUCGAAUUCAUGGAGGAUCACAUCAAGCAACUGGUGGACGAGAUUAGGAAAAAGACAAAAAUAAUUCAAAGUUACAUUCUACGGGAAGAAUCAGGGACGCUUUCCUCAGAGGCGUCUGACUUUAACAAAGUCCAUUUAAGCAGACGGGGUGGCAUCAUGGCGUCUUUAUACACAUCCCAUCCGGCUGAUAGUGGGUUAACUCUGGAACUUUCUUUGGAGAUCAAUCGAAAAUUACAGGCUGUUUUGGAGGAUACAUUACUGAAGAAUAUUACUUUAAAGGAAAAUCUACAAACACUUGGAACAGAAAUAGAACGUCUUAUUAAACACCAGCAUGAGCUAGAACAGAAGACAAAGAAAACUUAGUCCAACGCUCUUGCUGGGAAACAGACAAAAGCCACACAGGAGUAGGUGCCAUUGCCAGUCGUGUCGGAAACUUUCCCCUGCUUUGUGUGUCAACCUGUGAAAGUCUGUUUUGCUCAUGUGUAUAAAGUGUCCCUUUACAAUAUGGGUGCAUUGCUGUGUGUGCUGUGUGAGCAGGAGCUGUCAGGAGAUCUGGGUGGCAUCCCACACAGUCUGCUCAUUGUCAAAUGCUGAACGUUACCUCAAGGGCUUUGAAAACCUCUUCUCCAUGUUUCUUCACUUUAAAAUAUACAAUAUCAAAAAGUGAUUCAGCUCUUUAAAAUCAAGCCAGAAAAGACAGGUGUCGAUCAUCCACAGAGGACAGUGUGGGCAAAACCAGGCACAUUGAAGGAGUGUCUGGUAUCAGGUCCUGACACUGUGCUAACAUUGCAAGGAUACAUGUGACUGCUUGGGUUUUCUCAGAUUUACUUUGAUGAAAACCAAACUUCCUAGGAAAGCUAGCUGAUAGUACCUGGCAGCGGUCAGGCAUUGUGUGCCCCUGUCAGGAUCUACUUACCUGUCAUAGCUACAGUGAUCAGAUUUGGAUUGUUUAAUAGUUGAAUUUUAAAAAUCAUUAGUUAUUUAAAAAUUUUAAAUAAUGUGUUCAUUUAGCAGAUUGCUGUGAGUUUAAUUGUUUUAAAAUUUGAAAUGAAUCCAAUCAUUAGAACACAAUAGUGCAGAGUUGCUUGAAACUGAAAAACUUUGGUUUUACUGACAUCAUAUGAAGAUAAACAUAAUAUUUAAGAUAUUAAGGACCCCAAGAGAAGCCAGCAUAUAGUACUGAUAAGCAUUUAAUUUGGACACCAUUCUCAACUGUGGAUACAAUUAGUACAGGGGAGUGAGCGUAUAGUUCUUCCAAAUAAAUAUUUCUGAGUGUUUAUUUAAAAAACAAAAAUAAUUCUCUAACCAAAGGAAUUUUAGAACCAAAUGUUUGUACCUUUUUGGGUUUUUACAACAUUUAUUUAAGGGUACCCUUCCGUGUUGCUGCAGUACCAGUGUCUGUCACUGGCUUUUUUCUCACCUCCGUUAGUUUCUUGCCUGUUUAAUUUCUGUGUGAUUUUUCACAUUGCAUUAUAUUCAGAUCUGUUCUAGAAUAGGAUACCUUAGCUUAUGUGCAAUUGCUGCAACAAGCCUUAUUGUUUCAUUUUUAAUUUUUGCAUCAUUUUUUUCCCCCUUUAAUGGAAGUACACUUUGGUGUGAUACAGUGAAAGCUGUUAAGGAGUGUAUGGGCUCCAGAAACUGGACUCGUGGUGACAAUAUCCUUUUACUGUUUUUCAACCUUUUUUUUUUUAUCAACAUUGUUUGAGAAGUCAAUUUAUUAAGGAUUGGAUGAAUCACUGUAGUGUCUUUUCUUUUUUCUGUGUACUAAAUUGUGUUGUCAUCCAUAAACGGAUACCAUCUUUUCAUUUUAAAAUGAAAGUACACUCAGAAAAAAAAGUUAAAAAUAAAAAUU